AGCCCGACUGCCGACCGAGGGCCCAAGGCAUUGUGGGAGUCAUGAUUCCAAGAGGCCCGCGAUUUAAAAUUGAACUUGUCAGUUCCCGGUCACGGGAGCAUUGUGAGCGCCACAACUCAUUCAGCUGCAGUGAAAAGACUGUUGCAUGUCGCUGUGCAGCCUCUUAUCGCCGAGGUCUGGUUUCCGCUGCUGCUGCGCGGCCCCUCCCCCGCCAGCCCAGCCCCACCAGGAAGCCCGGGGCGGACUCGUCGAGCUCCCGGACGCACGCGGCGGCGAAAAAACGCUCUCCAACUUUCGGCCGCCCUCCCGCCCUCGCCCGGGCGGCACUGGCGCCUCUCAACCGAACAAAGUCCGCAAGGGGUGGUCGUUGCCGCUCGCGGGUCGGCCCCGGGAGCACAAGGAAGCCGGAGCCGGCGCUGGCGAGGUGUAUCCCCGCAGCCAACCGGUGGUAUCUUCCAUCUUACACGUUCAACAUUAUAACAGCCGAGCUAUAGUGCGAAUGGGACGCACCCCUACUACUUUCCGCUCCUUCGGACCAGCCGGGCGGACACAUAGGUCCUUUUUUUUUUUAAAGAGGCCGGCGGAUGGGGCUUUUUGUAAGGAAGCCGGCAAGGUUAGGUUGAAGGUGAGAAUCAGAUCGGCAGAAAACGGUAAGGAUCUGAUGGGGCUGCCGCCUUAAAAUGCACCACACCGUUUUUGAACCUGGAUGGCUCACAGGCGGGAAAAACAUCUGCAAGACUGCCAGUGUGUCUCUUCCUCAAGUAACAGGGUGCCCACAGUUUUGCAGUUCCUUAGUAAAACUGAUUGUCACACAAGCACAAACACUCCCACUGCAGCUUCCAGUCUAGCUUGUAAAUAAUACUUGGAAUGUAAAAUCCCCUUUCUUCCCAACUCUGCAUUACACGAUUUAUAAGAAGCAGAGACCCUUCUCUGAAAAUAAAAUACCAUUUUCUGAAAUACUGGAAUAUUCCAAGGCAACUAGGUCAUAUUAUUGUUGGAGCAAAACACACCACAGCCCCAAAUCAUAAUUCAUUGGGUGUUAUAAGAUGCAACUUGGCUUCACUUUGAAUGGAAAGAAUUCUAGACUAACGUGAUGUGAUAAUGUUUUGGAGAUUUGGGGGCAGAAUUUCCUUUGAAUUUAAGGAAUUUUGAUAACUUGUUCAAUAAUGAUUCUAAUUUAAAACAUUGGUUCUAUGUUUUGGACACAAUUUGUAAUGAAAUGGUGGAUAUGGUGCCAUGUUCCUCUUACAACUUUGUUGUGUUAAAGAGGGUGGGGCUGGCUUAAGGAGGAAAAGGGAAAACAUCGUGAAAGGUGCUAAAGUUCAGGAGUAAGAGUCAUUAAUAACAGACUUGAGUUCUGACCCUUGGCUAGAUCCACAAAACAGUUAAUAUUGUGCACUGCUCCCUUCCAUAACAAAUAAAUUAAUUAAUGGCCCUACUUCUCAGUGUUAAUCAUUGAAAAGUACCCAAGUGCACACACAGUGGAAGCAAACUAAAAAGGACACUGACACUUUCUCAGAGAACAGGAAUGGGCGUUCUCUAUCUGCCAAUUAGUAGCUAUGAGGAAUUCCUUUUUCUUAAUUCAGCAUUCAUUUCAACAACUACAUCGAAUGCCUGCUCUGCCAGGGAUACAAGAAUGGGUAACACAGCCCCUACCCUAGAGGAUAAUACUCCUGCGAGGGAAAAGACAAAUAAACCAAUUAACUCUGCCUCAGGGAUAAAUGCUAAAAUGGUGCUGGCAAGCCAAAGGGGGCCUGAGGAGAGUUAGGGAAAGCUUCCUGGAGGAGUUAUUUUCAACAGGUGCCUUGAAAAGUGUAUAGCAAUUAACAAGAUGGAAAGGGAGUUGAGUCUGGUCAAGUGGGAGAAAAGAGCAUGGCAAAUACAACAGACCCGCCAACUUUCCUGUUAGAAGUGAGGGAAGGAUAAGUAUAGGGGAGUGGCAGGAGAUGAGCUAAAAGUAGGUCUGUUUUAAUCCAAGGAGCCUCAGCUUUAGUCUGAAAACCAUGAUGAACUGGAAGAGUUUACACAGCAAGGGGAUAGGUAGAGUUUGGACUUGUAUUUCAGAAAGAUCCUGUGGCAGCAGCUUGAGGGUGAAUGGGAGUGUGGGCUGGUGGCCCAUAGAAGAAGGGUGAAUGGGUGUGGACAGACUGGAAAAAUGACUCAUGCAGGGAAUGAGGAAGGGAGGAACCUUGGGAAGCUCCCAAAUCCCUGGCUUAGCCUACUGGAUUGUUUGCUACUUGCCUUUUAAUGUCUUCAAUUUGCCUUUCAUUCUCCAUGACAACGGACCCUGACUUCUGAGCUGGGCCACCUCUGCGUCUGCUAGCAGGUUGGCGCCCUAGCCGGCUUCCACGCACCUCUCAGAAUGUCCAAUGAACCGCUAAGGCCUAAUCCCCGUUGUAGGAAUUUAUUUUCAAUUGUUCUCAGACCCUUGUAGACUUCCAAGUUAGAACUUUGGUGUUCUUUUUUCUUGUGGGUUAGAAAGUUUGCUGUUUGGUGCAACGUGGCGGAAAGCAGGACUUUGAACCUGGGUAUGGUGCAAGAGGGGAAAUUAUUUUUCCACUUCAGCACUGGAGGAGGGGGGAAGUUCUGGGAACAAAAGAGAAAUUGAAACUGAGACAGAUUUUCUGCUCCACCGAACAGAUGACAAAGAAAUACAAGAAAGACCCUUGAAUGUUGGAAACAGUAAAAUAAACAUCCUCGUAAAUGACAA